CCCUCAUAAACAGAAUAAAAUAUAAUUAUAAACCAGAGCCGGAUAGUGUCAGUGUGACUAGAGUCUUUGUUCGCAAUAGACAUUAAGUUUUGGUGCCGCCGAUAUGAAAAACAAAUUAAUAGAAAUACCCGUCAACAAAUGGACAAACUUGCGCGAUUUAUAUGUAAAGCGUAAAGAUCGAGCUUCUUGUUAUAAUUUAAUACAAACUCUAAUCAACUGGAAAAAUAAAGAACCAGAAUUGGAGCUAAACAUUUACUCGCUUAACGGCGAUUGGGAGGCAGAUGGUACAUUUGUUGCCAAGUUUUUAUAUCAAGUAUUUUUUAAUACAUGUGGAGAUAAUAAUGAACGUUUGUUAACUGCUUUAAAUUGUUUGGAUUCAUCGGAAUCUUACCUCUUAGCUGGAUAUCAAGAUUAUUUGGUGCCAACUGUAGAACAACAUUUUAUUGACUCUGGUUUAGAUAAGGCAGACUGUAAACCUUGUGGUACUUGUUGGUAUCAUAUAUCGAAAGAUCAGGCUAAACAAUUUACAAUCGAUCCUCCCAGUAAUAUACAAUUUAAGGCCCUAGAAUUAUGCCAUGCUGAACAAAUAAACAGCAUAUGGCCGCACCGAGGUCCUGGUUCCAUUGAGUUUGUCAAGUUACUAAUACGACUAAACGACUCAGUUGGUCUAUUCGAAGAUAACAAUUUGGUGGCCUGGUGUUUAAUACUUCCCUUGGGUGCUCUUGGUCUGUUGCAGGUUAUGGAUACACAUAAACGCAAAGGUUUUGGCAACUUGGCUGUACGUUAUAUGUCCAAAUUAUUAGCUGAAAAAGAUAUUGAAGUAACAGCUCCAGUGGUAUUUGAAAAUGUACCUUCUCGUUCUAUGUUCGAAAAAUUGGGUUUCAAAGUUAUCGAUAAAGUGUAUUGGGCCGAUAAACCGGCAAAUAAAUGAAUACAUAUUUACAGAAUAAAAA